AUGAGCACAGAACCAUUACAACUGGGCUAUCUUAAUGAUGAUGGACCCUACGAGAAGUUUCUUACGGGGCCAUUGAAAGAACCAUACACAGAACGUCAGGUGACCAAUGAACCGUACGGAAAAGAUUUAGAGAAGCUCAUCUUGGAUCGUGUAAAUGGAGAGAAUGAUAAGUGUCGGCAAUGCUCAUCUGAUUAUCAAUGGCUUCCGGGCAUAAAACAAGGCGUCAAUUUAUAUAACGAAACCAAUUGGGACUAUCUGAGAGGAUGUAUUAUUGCUGACUUGCAGUUUCACGUUCCCCGGAAAGUGCUGCAAAACUAG